AUGGCAGAACUCAUCUCCAGCGGCUGCGAGAUUGAGGUCUCCGAACUCGACAAAUCAGGGCAUGUACAGCAGCGAUGGUUGCAUGAACCAAGCGGGCGCAUUACUCACAUCCGCCCCGCGGGCCACACAAACGACCUCUUCUCCCGCUCGCUGCGAGAAUGGAAAAAGAUAUUAUCUGAUUCCUUUCUGCCGGUCGGGUUUCCACACUCUGUUUCCUCCGACUACUUUGCCUAUCAGACAUUCGACUCUCUCCAGGCCUUCUUCUCCACCAUCACCUCACUUCUCGCAAAUAGAGCCCUGCUCCAAGGUCUUGGUGUCGGGGAUGCGAACUCGUCCGCCACAUUUGCGCUUCUUCUUACCAUAUUGCGAGAUGCCACCUCUCGGGUAGCGACCAUCGUGUUUGCGCACCGAUUUGGCCUCCGCAUCGAGCCAGAUGCCAAACGCUACCGGUUUCUGGCCGACUUGUUCAACGACACGGGCUUCUUUCUCGAGCUGUACAGCCCGUACCUGUCGCCAGGGGGCAAAGUGGCCGCACUCAGUGUUGGCGAGGCGCUCCGAGCGCUGUGCGGCGUCUCGGCUGGCGCGAGCAAGGCGGCGCUCAGCAUGCAUUUUGCAAAGCACGACAACCUCGCCGAGCUCAACGCAAAGGAGGCCAGUCAGGAAACCGCCGUGGGGCUUAUCGGGCUCUUGGUCGGUACUAUUGUAGUGAAGAUGAUCGAAGACCCUCGAAGCGUUGUUUAUUUGAUGAUUCUUCUCGUUUUUGGCCAUCUGGCGAUGAAUUAUCUCGGCGUCCGCAGCGUCCAGAUGACGACCUUGAAUCGUCAGCGCGCAACAAUCCUGUUCCAAGAGUAUCUCCGGACCGGAAAGGUCCUUUCGCCCGCCGAGGUUGCCCAGCGCGAAUACAUUAUCCUGUGGGGUCCUGACAUCUCGAACCGACAUGGCCAGCACGUUGCUAAGAUCGAACUGGCUAAGAGCUUCGGGCACGCGAUGAGCUGCUCCACCGGGAGAGUCAAAAUUAUGGAUGGCGACAAGUAUUCUGUGACUGUGACACCAGCGACGGCACAGAAGAUCACACAGAUUCGCAUAUUGCUUUGGGAUGGCAUGUCGCCCAAGCAAGCAAUAAUGGGCUGGUUCGAGGCCGUCGAGAUGGCCUGGGUCAUGGACAAGCAAACGGGCUUCAAGCCAAAUUUGGAGCGCAUAUUCAACAAUGAAAGGGACGUUGUUGACGGUUACGUGAAACAUUUCGGUAGCAAGGAACUUUGGGAGAGCAUGGUCACGAAAGGCUGGGACUUGUCGACUCAGUCGCUGGAGACUGCCGCGCCAGUCCGAUUGGCAGCUCGCAAGUUGGACAAGAAGGUCUAUUAG